AUGUUAAGUUAAUAAAAAAGUCUGAGGAAAUGUCCCUUUCGGCUUAUCUUCUUCUUUGAUUGACUGUACUGGUUAGGGUUUAACCGUCGAGAAAGGGAGAUCGAUUCUUGUUGUAGUUUAUGAGCUCAAUGACCUCGCUACUACUCUUCAGAACACUUCCUCUCCUCCGCAACGGUUUUCUCAACCACCGUCAUCAAGUCAGCAUCGCAGACCGUCGGCGUCUAUGUUGCUCUCUUGCUGAUAAACCACAGUUUAUCGAGGAUGAUUCUCCAGCAGUAGCGGCGAUGAACUCGACGCCGCGUAUUGAUGAAAGCUGGCGGUAUGAGGAUCCUGAUUAUCGGAAGUGGAAGAAUAUAGAGGCAGAGAUAGUUGGAGAUAUCGAACCUAUAUUUCUUCUCGCCAAAGAUAUUCUUCAUUCGGAUAGAUAUUUGGAUGGAGAACGAUUAGACUUUGAGGAUGAGAAAAUUAUUGUGGAAAAGCUUCUGGCUUAUCACCCCUACUCCAAAGACAAAAUUGGCUGUGGUAUUGAUUUUAUAAUGGUUGAUAGGCAUCCACAGUUCAGGCAUUCGAGGUGCCUCUUUGUUGUGAGAAGGGAUGGGGGAUGGAUAGAUUUCUCAUACCAGAAGUGUCUUCGAGCCUAUGUUCGAGAUAGGUACCCUUCUCAUGCCGAGAGAUUUAUUCGUGAACAUUUUAAGCGUGCUAGUACCUAAACUCAUAACCCGAUAUAUAUGCUGUAAUCUCCCGUCUUAUUCGUCAUCAACAGCAAAUUUCUCAUAUAAAAUCUUCCUUCUUCUACAUAACCAAAUUAGUUGUAAAGGCUUUUUGUGUAUAGAAAAUACAGACUUGCUCGAUUCAAUUGGUAAUCAUAUGUUAAAUUGCCCUCAGGCGAACACUGGUGAUCGUAUGU